CUGGACCUGGAUGAGAUCGACUUCUCUGAUGACUCAGUGUAUUCUGUCACAUCCUUGAAGAGCAUCCCAGAACUUUCCAGGAGGAGCGAUGGUCAGCCCGAGGAGAGGCCAGCGCCCGCCAUCAACUGGAGCCGCGGCGGCCCCUCCCAUGCCGGCGGCGGGGGUGGCGGUGGUGGCGGCGGCAUCAAGCCCACCGGGCUCGCCGAGGUCCACAGCAAGUUCCGGCCGGUGAAGAGGGUCUCCCCCCUGAAGCACCACCCAGAGACCACCGAGUCCGACUCGGACGGGAAGGUCCAGGGCCCGGCUCUGGGGGAGCAGGCGCCGGUCCGCAAGGACGACCCCGCCUCUGGGAAGCCGGCGGCGGCGGCCUCCGACUCCUCUGGGGGGAAAGCGAAGGGGCCGGGCGGCAUGGGGGGGGGCGACCACCCCCAGGCCCUGCUCGGGGAGCUGGAGCACUACGACCUGGACAUGGACGAGAUCCUGGACGUGCCCUACAUCAAGUCCAGCCAGCAGAUGUCCACGCUGCCCCGCGUGCCCCACGACAAGCGCUCGGUCUCAGGGGGCGGCCUGGGGGGGGGCACCCUGGGGGGGGGGACCCUGGAGAGGAGCCGCGGGGGGACGCUGAAGAGCUCCGCUCUGCCCCACAAUGAGCCUCUGAGCCUGGGCAGCAGCAGCUCCCAGACCCAGUACUGUGUUCUGUCUCCGGUCAAGUGGUCGGACCUGAGGAAGUCCAAGUCCAUGGACCCAGACCUGCACCUGCUGCACCGCUCCCCGGGGGGGGCGGGCUACCAGCCGGAGCUGCUGCCCUCCGGCCUGCUGAGCUGCUCCUCCUCCCUGUCCUCCUUCUCUGAUGCCGACAAGCUGCUGUCCGCUCGCGUCUUCCCCGACUCCCAGAAGCCGGGGGGGGAGCCCGCAGCCGGCCCGGGGCUGGCCUUCCUGCCCGGGGGCGGCCGGCCGGACGGCCCCAAGCCCUGGACCCCCGGCUCGGGAGGAGGGGCCGGACCCAGGGGCUUCGCUGGAGCCGCUGGGGAGCUGGACGAGGACGCCAAGAAGAACCAGAACAUCAUCAACAUCGUCCGGGAGGGACAGAUCUCACUACUGCCUCACCUGGCGGCCGAUAACCUGGAGCUGAUCCGGGACGAGGACGGGAACAACCUGCUGCACGUGUCGGCCUCUCAGGGCCACGCCGACUGCCUGCAGCACCUCACCUCCCUGAUGGGGGAGGACGGCCUCAACGAGCGCAACAGCCAGCAGCUCACCCCCGCCGGCCUGGGGGUCAAGAACGGGCAUCUGGAGUGUGUGAGGUGGAUGGUGAGCGAGACGGAGGCCAUAGCAGAGCUGAGCUGCACCAGAGAGCAUCCCAGUCUGAUCCACUACGCCGCUCGCUAUGGACAGGAGAAGGUGCUGCUCUGGCUGCUGCAGUUCAUGCAGGAACAGGCCAUCUCUCUGGACGAAGUCGACCAGAAUGGUAACACCGCCGUGCACGUCGCUGCCCAGUACGGACACCUCACCUGCAUCCAGACGCUGGUGGAGUACGGCUCCAACGUGACGGUCCAGAACCAGCAGGGCGAGCGGCCUUCCCAGAGUGCCGAGCGGCAGGGCCACACCACCUGCGCCCGCUACCUGGUCGUCGUGGAAACCUGCAUGUCGCUGGCCUCACAGGUGGUCAAACUGACCAAGCAGCUCAAUGAGCAGGCUGCAGACAGGAUGACGUUACAGAAGCAGCUGCAGAGGCUGAUGGACCCCAACAAGGCCGAGGCCACGCCCUCCAGGUCGCCCAGCUCCCAUCAGCCCCUGCUGGAGGCGUGGCCUGAGCUGGUGCUGACGGCCGAGGGCUCCCCGGCGGACGGACACUGGCUGGUCCGGCAGGCCGGGGGGGCGGCGCCGGACUCGGUUCUGCGGCAGCUGCUGGGGAAGGAGGGGCCGGAGCCCCCCCGGGAGAGGCCCCUCCCCCCCGCCGGCGCCCUGGGGGGGGCGGGGGGGGCCCGCCGCGCCGGGCUGGUGGAGCGGCGGGAGCUGAAGCUGGCCCGGCUCAAGCAGCUCAUGCAGCGCUCGCAGAGCGAGUCCGACUCGGAGGGCUGCCCCCCCGAGGAGGGCCGGGCCCCAGGGGCCCCGCCCCCCGGAGCCCCGCGCCCCGAUAGGCCGGCCCACCUGCCCGUCACCGAGGAGGGGGCGGAGCCUAACCCCCCGGCGGCGAGGAAGCACGCCCCCGCCGGGCGCAACCCGUCCCCGACGUCCAGCGACCCCGAGGCGGCGGACGCCAAGACGCCGGACGGCGAGCAGAAGCCGGCCACCAGCCCCAAGAGCGCCCUGAAGUCGCCCUCGUCCCGCAGGAAGACGUCCCAGAACCUCAAGCUGAGGGUCACCUUCGACGAGCAGGUCCACCGGAGCGCCGGCCAGGGGGCGGAGCCUCCCCGAGCGCCGCCACCGGCCAAGGAGCGGACUCCCACGGCCGGCGCCGAAAGCCGGCGCCCCUUCGGGACCUUCCGCUCCAUCAUGGAGACGCUGAGCGGGAACUCCAACCACAACAACAACAACAACGGCGGCGGCGGCUCAGCGGGCCCCGGCUGCCCCGGCAGGAGGCCGGACGCCAAGGGCAGCCCAGGGGGCGGGGCCAAGGGCAGCCCAGGGGGCGGGGCCAAGGGCAAGGGCAGAACCAGCAACGUUUGA